GUUGAUUUGUUUUGUUUUGUGUCAGUGAGUAAAGUGAGGUGUAAACGUAAACAAAACAAAUGUGGGGAGAGGAAAUUACAGUAUACUGUUUGUAGCUUGCCUAGCUUAAUAUUUUAUGCGGAAAUAAAUAUAUGUCAACGUUUUAAUAGGAAAUGAAUAAUUAGGAAUUUGUUUUAGUUUUUAUUCAAAUGAGCCGGAAUAAGUUAUUUCACUAGACAAUAACAACAUGACUUUAAACUUUACAAAAUCAUAACCUCAACUUUAUUUAAUGAAAAGAAUGCUUUAGCCUUAUAAUGAAACCUGAAGCUAAAAAUGAAGUAGCUUUAAAAUCCAAGGAACAAGCACAAAUAUAUUAUGAAGCAGGAAAAUUUGGCAGAGCUUUUGCUCAUUAUUUGGUUGCACUAAAAUUAAUGCCAGAGUGGAAGCAUGAGCUGAAAGAAAACUUUUCAUCAACUCUAUGUUCCUGGGGCAGCCAACUUGAAUCUCAACAGAGAUUUAAGGACUUGUUUAACUGCUACGAACAAGCAGUUGAGAUUUUUCCUGAAAAUGAAGAAGUUCUUUGUAAUCUAGGCGCUCACUUGUUCAGGUUAGGACACCUGCGUGAAGCUGCGCAUUAUUUCCGCCAAGCACUUGAAACCGAUGACAACUACCUGCCGGCAUAUCGCAACUUGCAGAGUGUGUGUAAUGUGCUAAUUGAGAGGUGGCACUUUCGCAUGCUGAACGACUCACAUCGCAAUGAAGCUUACAGAGAGGCUAUUAUGAAGAAAGUUCAGCAAGGCUUCAAUAGUGUAUUAGACAUCGGCACCGGCACAGGGCUUUUGAGCUUGUAUGCAGUAACAAGUGAAGCACAAGAUGUGCAUGCUUGUGAUUACUCUCCGACAAUGUGUUCUAUCGCCCGAGAUGUGCUCCAUGCCAACAAGAUGGCUGACAGUGUCAAAGUGAUAAAUAAACUAUCCAACACAUUGAAAGUUCCUGAAGACUUACCUCAUAGAAAAUCUCUGGUGGUGACGGAGACCAUGGAUGCUGGACUGUUGGGAGAACACCUACUACAGACCCUUUUACAUGCUUGGGAUCACCUGUUAUUGCCACCCUGUCCUCAGCUGCUAAGUUUUCUGGAGACAGGAGCUCCGAUCGGCCAGUAUGGUGUGGUUGUGCCCUUUGGAGCCCGUCUGUGGGCCUCUCCUAUCCAGUGUCCAAGUGUAGCUCGCCGCAACUACCUCACCAAUGCUGAUCGCAGUACUUGGAAUUUCAGGAACAUGUGGUUGUUCAGUGAUUUCAGUGAACCUUACGAUACAGAAAACUUGAGGAUUGUUAAGGAUUGCAAGUUCCUCUGUGAUCCUGUAGAGGUUUUCACAUUUGAUUUUAACAACCCUUCUCAGCUUAAAGAUUAUUUUGAAGGGAAGAAUGAUGGUAAGUGCGUUUCCUUUGAGUACGAUGGGAAAUCGGAUGCAGUGGCGGUUUGGUUUGAUCUGAUGCUGGAUGAGGGACAUCACGAUUUUCUUCUUCUCCUCACUCGAUUGAGACACAGUGUUGUUGGGAUCAAGCGAUAUUUAGGUUUUAAAAAACCUCAAGAAUCAAUUAAAUUGAGUGCAAAUUGUGUUGGGGGUAAGUUAGUAUUUGAUAUCAUUUUCAGAGGCUACUAA